AUGGGCGACAUUGAAAAUGCACCGUAUGUUGUUCUCUUGGGUGAUGUUGGCACUGGCAAGUCAACCCUAGUGGAGAAAAUGACAGGACAAACUGGCAGUAGUUCUGGUUCAUCCAUGAGUUACACAAGAUCAACAGAGGUUUUCUGGGUCUCUGACAGCAGUCUUCUUGUGGCUGAUACCCCUGGAAGCAAUGCAUUGGAAGACAAGCUUGAGCAGAAUGUUUGGAUAGCUGGCGCAGUCAGCAGAAGGCCUGUCUCAAAAAUCUUUAUUGUUGUCAAAGCUGAAGCUCGCAUCGACUCUGUUGUCAGUAACGUUCGCAAGUAUGCUGAUUGCUUUGUGGAGCUUCCUAUGGACGUGGUAGCGGUUAUUGUCACUCACAUGGAUGCACCUGAGGUUAAAUGGGCGAAGAAGGAUUUCAUUCCAAAAAUAGACAAAGAACUUGGUAUCGAUACGGUUGUCUUUAGCUCCUUGGACGCAGCCAGUAAGACAUUGGUGUGCAACGUACUCAAGACCUGUGAAGAAAACUAUGAUCUCACAGUCGACAAUGAAAACUUUUUCAAACUCUUCAAAAUCCACAACAACCACCGUAAGAUUCUGAAGUCUACCUCUAAUGAAGUAAAUGGAUUUGUGGCCAAAAAGAAAGCUUUUGAUAAUGCUAGAAAAGCGUUCAGAGGUAAGAAUCGGAAAAUAUCUUAUGUGGAAAACACCACGUUUUUCAUUUUUUAA